UUUUCUGAAAUAUCCUUUAAUAUCAUCUUUCUUUCUUUGCAAAUCACAAUCAUCACGCAAUGUUUCUUCUGCUAUUGUGUCUGUGUUCUUUUCAUUUCAGUUUAUCAUUCUUGUAUCAUUCCUUAUUUUUUUCUCUCUCGAUUUGUGCCAUGGAGAAAUGACACAAUGUUUAUUUUCACUGCAUAGCUCACAUAUGUAACAGCAGUUAGAAUUAGUCCCUGUUUAACAUUUUCAAAGUGUCUGUAAAGUCCAUGAAUGGGAGUUUUGGUGACUGUCUGUGUGUCGCCUUAUUUCAUGUUGUGUGAGCAGCACAGCAAUCAAGCAGAGUGAUUCCAGCUGCUGUGAUUAGUCAGCUGAGCUGUUGCACUGAGGCUGUUGUGCAUGUGACAAACAUCCGUAUUAAAAUGAAAAACAAAGACCAAAUGUGAAGGAUAUUCUGAGAGAUACUGAGCUAUAAGAUCAGAUCAGAUCAGAAUCAUGCCGAUUUUGUAAUCUUCCUUUAUUCCUGUUUAUUUUCCUCAACUCAACCAAAAAAGGUUUUAUGAGUCCAUUAUUGUUUGACAUGUAUGAUUUUCAAAAGACUUGGAUGUACCAACCUUACACUGAGUUAAUUCUCUACAUCACACUGGUUCAUUCCUGAGGUUACAUUCUCAGACACUUGCUGUGGCAGGUUUUUUUUCACUGAACCAAAGUGUUUGAGCUUCUUUUAUUUCUCGGAGCUCUGCUGGGGCACCAGAGGGCCUCUUUGUAGGAGAGAAACAGCCCUGAACUCAAAGGCAGCGUGAUGGAUGUUUAUAUCUGAGCAGUGAAGCCAGAACCCACCCAGAGGAGGGGGCUACCCGGGGCAUCUGCAGGUCAUAUAAAACUUGGCCACAGUGGGAGAGUUUUUAGUCAGCAGCCCCGGACCGAGUAAGAACGAGAAGCAGCACCAGCAAACAGCAAUGGCAUCUUUAGGGCUGCAGGUUCUGGGCGUCGGGCUGGCGGUGCUUGGAUGGAUUGGAAACAUAUUGAUCUGCAUGCUGCCCCUGUGGAAGGUCUCUGCUUUCAUCGGGAACAACAUCGUGGUGGCUCAGACCAUCUGGGAAGGACUGUGGAUGACCUGUGUGGUGCAGAGCACAGGCCAGAUGCAGUGCAAGGUCUACGACUCCCUGCUGGCCCUGCCUCCGGACCUCCAGGCGGCCCGAGCCAUGGUGGUCAUCGCCAUCCUGUUCUCUCUGUUCGGCCUGCUGCUCUCUGUGGUCGGGGGGAAAUGCACCACCUGCAUUGGGGACAAGGUGGCAAAAGCCAGGGUGGCCAUCUCCGCUGGUGUUUUCUUCAUCCUGAGCGGGGCUUUGUGUCUGGUGACCGUGUCUCUGCCUGCUAACACGAUCAUCAAGGACUUCUACAACCCCCUGGUCCCAGACGCCCAGAGGAGGGAGCUGGGUGCGUGUCUGUACAUGGGCUGGGGGGCGUCAGGACUGCUGCUGAUCGGCGGCGCUCUGCUCUGCUGUCAGUGCCCGUCAGGAGGAGACCGCUACAACGGAGCCAAGUACUCGGCGCCAAAAUCCACAACACCCGGGAAGGAAUUUGUCUGAGUUGCUGCGUUUCAUCAAGGAGCCUUUGAAAAGCACCUGACUUUGCAUACAGCUCAAACCCGUCGCUUAUCAAGUUGUGAUUUGCAUUGUGACUAACGUUUUUUUGACUAACACACUGUGGCCUUUUGUUUCUGAAGAGACUCUAAGGUAUGUGCCAUGUUAGGAUAGUGGUUUGAUUAACAUUGUUUUGUGUUAUAUUUGCAGUAUUAACUACUUCUGACGAGACUCUCCCGAUGUUUUGCGACAUAAGCACUUCAAAAUAUCUCAUGUGUUUGUCAUUUGUCAACUUAUUUUUUCAUUUACUUUUUCAUUUUUGUUUUUCAUUCAGACAAUAAACAUAUGUUAUAUUUCAA